AUGCGACGUAUCUUCGGAGCAUCCGGCAAGAAGGAGCCACCACCAAAUCUAGGUGAUGCAAUAUUGAAUAUUGAUUCACGAGCUGAGACUAUCGAUAAGAAGAUCGGCAUGCUCGAUGCGGAUCUCGUCAAAUACAAAGAUCAAAUGAAGAAAAUGCGUGAGGGCCCAGGCAAAAAUCAACUCAAACAAAAAGCUCUCAGAAUUUUGAAACAGAAACGUAUGCUCGAAAAUCAAAGAGAUCAAUUGUCGCAACAGUCGUUUAAUAUGGAACAAAGUAAUUUCGCUAUUCAAGGAAUGAAAGAUACUCAGGCUAGUUUCAUCGUAUUCGGUCGGAAAUUCAGUCGGAGGAAUUUGCUGACUUCGACUGUGCUUCAAACAUUUAUGAUGAUCGAUCAAUCCAUCCGAGAAACGAUCCUUUCUGCAACAACAGUUGCGGCUAUGAAAGGCGGCUUGAGGACCAUGCAAAGGGAAUACAAAAAUUUGGAUAUUGAUAAGAUCGAGAAUCUUCAAGAUGAAAUGGAGGAUAUGCUGGAUUUGAACAAUGAAAUACAGGAAGCGAUGGCACGCUCGUAUGCGACCCCUGACAUCGAUGAAGCUGAUCUUGAAGCAGAACUAGAAGCGUUGGGUGAUGAACUGGAAUUGGACGCUGAUAGUUCGUACUUGGAUGAGGCGUUGAAUGCUCCUGGUGUGCCAUCCAGAGAGCCUGGAGCUGCCAGCGCGGUGGCAGAAGGCGGUGUUGCAGUGGAUGAAUUUGGACUUCCG